GGUGCAGUCACAACAAAGUGUUACGGACUCCCACAGCAGAAACUCGCAGUCACUGUUUGUGAAACCAAAACUUCACUUAUUUACAUUCAACAACAACAAACAAGAACUUGGUAAAAGUGUAGAAACAUCAAACCUCCAAUCCAUACGAGUAACACACGACACUUGACAGUAGACACACACCAUAAUCAGAACCAGCGGUCUACACAACCACGUUCAGCAUUCAACAAGUGAAACCAAAUCGACUCAACCAAAUCAACCAUCAUGUCUGAUAAGGGAUCCGAACCACCCACCUCACCAGCACCGUCUGAGAAAGCCCAGAGCCCUACUCCAUCGGUAAAGUCAGCCAAGAAAUCACCGAGAGGUCGACCGGCCAAGUCGCCUCGUGGUCCUCCACAACCGACCCCGGAAGAAAUCGCUCAGAAGGAGAAGAGUUUCUUGCUGGACUGUAUAGCCGUGGACACCAUCUCCAAGGACUUUUCUCACUGUCAGCCCAAAUUGGGGCCAGCCAUACCAGCAUAUAACUCGCAAAACGACAAGCAUGUCAAGUUGUAUUUUUCGCGAGAACAGGUCGAUGAAACAUUGCGCAAAACACAGCAGGACAAAGGUGGAUGUUCGAUUGAUGGGCCAGUGAUUGACAGAUUUAUUGAAUCUGGGGCUGGAUACCGAUAUCUACAUGCAAGAAAUGCUGCUCCAGGAUCAGCAAGAGCCGGACACUCCGUGGAUCAAAUCAGUGGACAUGGUCAGUUCCUGUCAGAUGCAAAGCCAAACUUCGGAUACAACGGAGAAUUCGGCUACCGACGAAACUCUCCAUGGUUACGCCAGAUGCCGUCUCCGUUUGGUGUGGAUCCAAGAUCUCCUACACAUUAAGGAUUGGAUUGGUCUGAUGAGAAGCUUGGACUGUAAGGAGUUAAGAUUCCUGAGAUGAAAGUUCCUUGAUAAAAUGCAUUUGAAUAUUAAUGAAUAUGAUUUUUACUUGUAUAUGGUAGUUAUGACCAGUCAGAGAAAAGAUUUAGCUUUCAGGAUUUUCCCAGAAUGCACAAGGUCACUUUCAAGUGACAUGAUCUGCCUGUAUUUUGAUGGUGACAUGAACUACAAGUGUUGUAAGUUAAUAUCAUCUACAAGUUUUAUAAGUUGACAUCAUCUACAUGUACUUGUUUAAAAAAUGCCACAUUUUCUUAAACCAUCUUUGUUUUAGUUUUCUUGAAAAUUUAUUU